AUGACAGCCGGCGGCGAAAGCCCGACGAAAGCGUCGCCAAGCGGUGCGAGGGCGUCUGCAAGCAGUAACAAUGCAAACGGCGGUGGUGGUGGUGGUGGUGGUGUGGGAGGAAGCGGCACCGCCCUCACCAAGCAGUGGUGGAAGGUGUGCUUUCUGUACGGAGGCAAUCAGGAGAAGUAUUAUCGCCAAAUCUACGGCAAAGCCGCCUCGGAGCGUCUGGCAGCGGCGAGCGCAAAACAGAUGGCCGUCACCGCGGAGGGUGGUGGUGGUGGUGCUACCGGUGGGCGAGGGGAUGGCUUGCCGACGAAAAAACAAACACCGUCCGCCCAUUAUCGACCAGUCCCACCGCCGUCGUCCUCGGUGCUCCCGGAUGAUGGAUUUCGAUUCCGCAAAGGGUCGCCGGUCAUAAAGUCGGCAUCCUCACGCUCCAACCUGGCCAUGCCCUGCUCGGUGAUGGCGUCCCCGGGCGACCGCCGCCAACCAUCACCGGCGGCCGCACCGGUGACGGGAAUCCUGCGGAAGCGCGUCACCGUGCUGGACGAAUCGUUCCUUUUGGGUAACGCGCCGUCGAUCGAGGGCGAGCUGCUGGAGGAGGUGGAAGCGGACGAGCAACGCUCGGACAGUGGCAUCAACGUGGACGCGCGUCAACCGUCGCCACAGAACGAACAUGAUGACCAGCAGCAGCAACAACAGCAACAGCAGCAGCAGCACCAUCGUCUGGAAUGCCAUCGGCCCGGCAUGAGACGAACCUUCCAUCUGAGUGGAGAGGAGUUACGUUUGCUUAACUUUGACCAACCGGACGGCGACGACGCAAGCUCCCGGGGGGAACUUCCCUUCAACGGUACCUUGGCCACCAGCCACCACCAGCACCACCAGCAACAACAAAUUAGUGCCGCCAGCAAUCCAUCAUCAUCAUCCACGUCGUCGUCGACGAUGACGUCGUUUCCGAACCUCCCGGCACGUCGUUCUCCACCCAAUACCUCCACGACCGGUGGAAGUGGACCUGGAGGAGCAGGAGAAAGAGGAACCGGGUCGUUAGCAGCCAGCACGCCAGCUUCCAACGGGACCCGAACCGCCGGUCCGCACAACAAUGAGUUGACCUCAUCAGUACAAAUGUCAUAUCCAUACCAAAAAUCGCAUCCUCAAAUGCAGCAGCCCCUGGCGGGUCCGCACCCGACAAACCCGCAGCAUCCGCUCCUGCUGCAGCAUCAUCAGCAACAAUCGCUGGAUCAUCAUCGCCAGCACAAUCAUCAUCUGCAUCAACACCAUCAUCAGUCGCAGCAGCAUCAGCAGCAAACUUAUCUGUACGAUGUCGGGCGAAGUCCGCUGCGUAGUCCUCAGUCGCCACCCCUGUACGAUGAAAAACCACCCCCACCACCCCAACCCAUCCACUACCAGCAUCAACCCGGUCCACAAUCGUUGCCCGGAGGAAUGGGAGGCCUUUCGCAGCAAACGGCCGGCAUGACCCUUUCCCUGUCGAACGGUCCGGGUUCGGCGGACUGCUAUAUGCUGCCACCGCUACAACCUCAGUCCCAGCAGCUCCCGGACGGAUUGCCGCCCGCAACGACCUCUUGUGGCGCUCCCUCGUCCCGCGCGAUCUUCCACCACCACCAGCAGCAACAACCAUACCCUUCAAUCGUGCCGCCUUCCCACCAUCCGUAUCACUCGCCCGCCUCGGCCCAGGCCGCGCUAAUCGGACCCUCGAUCCCCCAUCAAUUGCCACCCUUCCCGGUGCAUCCCCAGCAAGCAGCGGUGCACCUGCUCGGCCCUGGUACGGCCGGUCCACCAACUCUUGGAGGCAGCACAGGCCCAAGCGGUGCAAACGGUGGAGUGGUUGGUGUUGUUGGAGCAGCAGUGGUCAACGGAGGACCUGGACCGGGUGGAGGAGCAGGAGGAGCGGGUGGAGGAGGCAUGGGAGGCCAUAACUACUCACAAUCGGACGACGAUAGUGGCUGCGCGCUUGAAGAGUACACCUGGGUUCCGCCAGGACUACGACCGGAUCAGGUUCAUCUUUACUUCUCCGCCAUCCCGGAGGAUAAGGUCCCGUAUGUGAACAGCAUAGGCGAAAGGCACCGGGUUCGGCAGCUGCUCCAACAGCUUCCACCGCACGAUAACGAGGUCCGCUAUUGCCAUUCGCUAACCGACGAGGAACGGAAGGAGUUGAAACUCUUUUCUGCCCAGCGCAAACGGGAAGCGUUGGGACGCGGCACAGUCAAACAGAUAACGACCACGUUGAUUUGCGAACGGUGCGGUGAAUGUGCUUCCUCCGGUGACAUGAUGGUAUUUGCGUCCCGCUUCGAACCGAACACCUGCUGGCAUCCGGCUUGCUUUGCCUGCUGUGUCUGUAAGGAGCUGCUCGUCGAUCUGAUCUACUUCCACCGGGAGAACCGACUCUACUGUGGACGCCAUCAUGCUGAAACGCUGAAGCCGCGCUGUUCCGCUUGCGAUGAGAUUAUUCUGGCCGACGAAUGCACCGAAGCAGAAGGCAGAGCGUGGCAUAUCAAACAUUUCGCCUGCUUCGAGUGUGACAAGCAGCUUGGUGGACAGAGGUACAUUAUGCGGGAUGGCAAACCGUACUGUCUACAUUGCUUCGAUGCCAUGUUUGCCGAGUACUGUGACUACUGUAGCGAGCCGAUCGGGGUAGACCAGGGUCAGAUGAGCCAUGACGGCCAGCACUGGCACGCGACGGAUCAGUGUUUCGCCUGCAGUACGUGCCGUUGUUCGUUGCUGGGUCGCCCGUUUUUACCGCGACGUGGUGAGAUUUACUGUUCAAUAGCGUGCAGCAAGGGAGAACCACCGACACCAUCCGAUGGGUCCUUACCGGCUGCAGCUGCCCUGAUGCACGGACAUUUACGCAGCGCGAGAAACACCGAACAGCAGGAUCAGCAGGACGGCCAUGAAUACGAGCACACUGGCUCGACCAAAGCGUACCGCUCUUCGCCAUCGCUGCCAAAGUCUCCCGAGCCUCUAAGGAGCCCCGAAGGAAGCCACCAUGAUCGGCGUGACUCACCAUCGCACACAGAACAUUCGGCGGUCGGGAGUGGGGUCGAUCAGAACUUCACCGAUGGCAACGGUAACGACGAGAUGACCCUUUCCUGCUACACAGCAGCAACCAGCAUUACCACGUCGUUGUCGGCGGCUACGGGCAACACCAGCGCCACUCUUGCCACCACCACCAACACCAUUGCCACCGAGUCGGCCACGGCCAACGAGCACGAAGUACAAAGUCAUGGUAGUCGCGCCAGCAGCGAUCGGCUUAUGGUUCCAGCCGUUGUCGGCGAUACAAACCGUCAUCGCAUCCCGCAGUGUUCACCAGAAUUGAACCGAUUAUUGCACAAAGAUCGCAGCCGGCAACCGCUCGACCUGACCGACCUUUCCCUUAGUCUCGAGCAACACUGGCAGACGGAACGGACGGGUAGUGAAACGAUCACCACAGUCAUGGCUACAAAUUCCACCACCGGCAAGACACAAUCGGGAGCCCCAUCAUCUCCGGUUGGAGCUCAGAUACUGACCUCUUCAAUGCCGGAGUUGAACCGCUGUGUGCAGGUGGGAUCGCCAAGCUUCAGCAGCUCCAACAGCCCAACGACAAUGGGGGGUAGCACAAACGUCACGUUAGGACACGAUGCGGAUGAGCAGAACCAAAACGCUUCGGAUGCAUCCCAUUCGGUGGUGGAGCUUCCUACGCCUCCGCCAAUCGUGAUCAAGAAGGAGGUACGAUUCGAGGGAGAUUUCCAAGAUUCUUUGCCCCGCUCGAAGAGUCACUGCCAGCGCAGUAGUGGUCAGCGUAACCGGUCAGCAAAGCCUUCCAAAAAACGGACCGAUUACGAUCGAUAUGAGAGUAGUGCAUCCACGUCAAGGCGACAGCACCAUCAUUCGCAAUCCCAGCAAGGCGAUCGCCACGAUCGUCACGAUCGACACGGUAGCUCGUCGACGAGGCGAUCUCCACGCCGAAGGCGCCACACUGCCAGCCAAAGGAAUUAUGCCUCCGAUGAUGACGAGCUAGCGGAAGAUGAAACCGACAAGUAUCGCCAUCGGCAUCACGCAAGUCACAGGGAGCAACAACGGCCGGUGGAUGAUUCCGACACGCGCAGCAUUUGCUCGACCUGCUCGUCCAGCUCGUCCAGUGCGGACGACGACGUAUAUGAACUGCCCCUUCGACGCACCUCGUAUGGAGGCACGCGUAUACACUACAUGCCAAACAAUUCGCUGGUUUGUGCGCGAAAACGAAAGCAACUACAGACGGCCACCACCGGUGGCAUCGGUGGCCAGCACUAUGAAAAGGACAAUAAGAAUUGUAUCAUAUCGUAA